AUGGCGCACAUCAGAGCGCGAGCUCCCCAGGCGGCUCUACAGGGCCUGAGAGCCGCGAGCCCGGCACCGCGGCGGCAAUGCCUCGCCCUCGCCGGGAGCGCACGGCACAUGUCGAGCGACCGCAAGCCCGCGACGAAUGAGGACAAGCAAGGCCGAUCGUUCCAGGGCCAGAUUGUCGGCAGCAUCACCCAACGUCUGGCACGAGAGAAGGCGGAGCGAGAGAGGUUCGCUGCUGAGCGGGAGAAGACGGGCAGCAGCAGGAACCUUGCCUACACCUUUGGUGAGUUGUGA